AUGAAUCUUUGUCGGCCAGAAAAUGACGAUGGUAGACAUUUGUGUUAUCUGUUGGAUGAGUGUCCCGACUCUGUCACGGAGUGGCUGUCGCAUUCUUUUACUUGCAACUUUGUCACUGGGCGAGUGAAUCGGAGUAUAGAAACACUCGCCAUAAAGCCAAUUGCACUCUUCUUGCUUGCGUUAUGGUCGGGGUUCAGUUUGACAAGAAGGACAUAGUUCGCAUCGAUAAAAGUUCUGCCUUGCCUCGAUUCCUGCAUGCCCUUUUGGCGAAGUUCCAAAUGGUUCUCUGGGAAUGCGACGGAGGCGAUCUCGACAAAGACAGCACAGGCGUCACACGCAGGGCAUGGAAACUUCUCGACGUCAUUUGUCUCAUCCUGGAGCCUGCCAAAGAUCACUAUGAUUGUGGUUCUUCAUCCCACGCCAUGCGGAACCUGGACGUGUGCAGGAAGAUUUAUUCACGACUCAGGUCAUGCGGACGAGGUGAUUCCCGGGAACUGUCGAGAGUUCUGCAAAAUGCACUGCGCUUCACACUCACUGCUGCCAAAGUAUCUCGGGAUCCCGCUCACUUGUGGUAUGGCCAUUAUUUAGAGACAGAUGAUUCCCGUUCGCCAGAAGACCUUGACUGGCUGAUGGACUACCUCGAGUACAUUUAUUCCGGCGAUGAGGAAACGGCACUUGACAUCCUUUUGUUCCUGGAUGUCAUGAAAGUGCGCUGCAGCCCCGCUAAACAACAUCAGUUCUUCAAAAGCCUCGUCUUCUGCAUGGACGGUAACAGGCCUGUCCAUUUACGCCAUGUCGCUCUCCGCGCGGCUCAUAAUGCUCGAGAAGAAAUUGCCUCGAUUGAUGCCAUUCAUGAUGCGAAGUUGCGAGACAUGAUCUUGACCGAGCUCUCCCCCACUAUCCUGACUGCGGUUUGUCCGCAAUCAGGUACAUCAUUCUCCAAUGAUGAUCCUGAUCACCCCUUCCAUCAUGGCCGCGACUUGUGCUAUCUCGAACUGCUCUUUGCCCUCGUGAGGAAUUCCAAGUGGCACCCCCAUUUGUUUGGGGGUCAUCAUAUAGAUCGAUGCAUUAGCAUUAUUGCAGAGUGCCGCUUCAUGCGACAUGCAUUUUACCUGGCUGGCAUCCUCCUCCGAAUCACACCUGGACAAUUGUCGGUUACAUCGCUCGAUUCUAUCACAGAGCGACAGUGGUGGGACGUGAUCAGCGGUGCAUGGUCCAAAGCCUGCCUUAUCAUAAUGAUUGACAACGUACACUUUUUCGAGUUCCUUCCUGUCCUCGUGGAAGGCACGAAGAAGUAUAUGCAUAUUGCUCCGGAAACAUAUCAGUCAUUCAUUAGAAAUGUGGAUGAUGUUCUCGAAGUAUUGGAGAAGCGAUAUUCAGAGCAGGGAGAGGGUCUCGCUGUUGCUGUGAAAGAGUUGAGGACUGUAGCCAGCGAGAUGCUUGAGAAAUCGGUCAGCAGUAAAGGAGUUAUUAGUCCCUGAUCAUGACGAUACUUCAAUGCAUAUUGUACCUGCGACCAGAGGAAUGGAUGGAGCAAAUGAUGUGACUGCGCGAGGAAAUAAAUAUU